CACAGACACAGACACAGAGAUUUGCGUGUUCUGGUGAGAACUACUCACAGGUGAAGGUUCUCUUUGAUCUCCUCGUGCUCCUAUUCUAGUCCCAUUCAUAAUUCUGCAGCUCCCUCAGUGUUUUCUGCCGUAUUUUGCGGCUAGCGCGAGCGCUUACAACUGACACCGCGGACCGCGAGGUGCCGCCGCGUUUGUGCCGAAUCCGACUCUCUGCUGAAUCUGACUCCCGCUUCGCGGACAGAAUCGGCACAACACCCCCGCUGUAGAACUGCGGUAGUGAAAACAGCGCUUAUAAAUAAAUUAGUUUAGUUUCACUUUCAGUUUUCGUUAUUUUCGUUAUUUUUUUUUUUAAAUAAAAAUAUAAUUAAAAAACAGACGCCUACAUCUCGGACUAUUUUCUGGAGCCCGGGUCGGAUUUACGGGCGGGCCUCGGGUCAUGUCGGGUUCGGGCAGAGAAUCUAAGCUCUAGAGAGCUUGGACUCCGGAGAGCAAUCUCCAGCUACAAAAAAACGCCAGCGGGCAUCUAAAGUUUGGGAGCAUUUCACGCAAAAGGGCAACAAUGUGGUCCUCUGCCAUACGUGCAAAAGGAGCACUUGAAGCGCAAACAUCCAGGAGCACUAUGUCAACAGGGUCACACAAGUCCGUGUCCGUUGGGCAGAGUCUCCAGGCAGUAGAUCAUGAACCUGAGCGAGAAGAGGCCCAACAAGUGGUGGACGGAGCCGGACACCUUCACCAUGCUGACCCUAAUAGAACAGCUGGACCUGGUCCGGGAGCUAGACAAGAAGCGGCAGCGCAACGAGUCCCACUUCCGCCGCCUGCGGCAGAGCCUGGCCAAGCAGGACAUCCACUUCACCAUCAACCAGAUCCGCAACCGCUGGAAGAGCCUGAAGCACAAGUACCGCAAGAUCAAGCUGGCCACGUACCGCAGCCCGGCGGCACGCCUCGCCGCCAUGGAGUCCUUCCGCUAUUUCCGCAGGCUGGACCGCAUGCUGGCCUGCAGAUCCAGAACCGGAGGUCAGGAGGACGGCUGCGGGGGAGAGCGUAGCCUGGUGGGCCGGUCGGAUCCGGAGGAUCAUGCAAACAUUCUGGGUGAUGAUGGCGUGUCGGGUCCAGUAGCUCCCUGGUCUGGUGGAGGUUCUCUGGAGUCUGAAUCUGAGAGCUUCGCCCCUAAGCUGGAAUCCAGUGCUGAUGAGGGCAUGAAAUCGGAAGAGCUGGCCAGUCCGGAGCCCUCGAGCUGGGCUGCAGGCAGCCACGAGGUGAUGACUCUGGGGUUAUCUGGAGAGUAUCUCUACGCCGUCAAAACUGAGCCUAAUUCAGAUCUCAACCCGGCUCCUGGUACUGAUGACAGUAGAGAGGCUACUGGCUGUGGGCAAACCGCUGGCUCUUCGGAGGACAUGUGCAGCCUGAUCCUGCAGCAGCUCACGUUUCUGAACCACCAGCUGGAGGAGCAGCUGGCAGAGCAGAGGGCGUUCCACUGCAGCAUGUUGGGCAUGAUGGACCGACAGAUCGAGGUUCUAGAGCAGCUCUCCAGCUUCACCCAGAACCACUGCCACCAGCCCAAGCCUGAACCCACCGAGAACGACUCCUCCAUCAGCCAGAAGGUUCAGGAAACUCUGCUGCGCAUCCUGAGGGGCAUGGAGAGCCAAGCGCUGCAGCCGUGCCUCUCCAAACCUCCGCCUUCAGCGCCUCCACCAGUGCCUCCACCCUGGACUGUGUCUCUUGUGGAGGUUCACCAGAGGUCCUCGUCUGUUGGCGGGGAGGUGAACGGUGAAGCUGAGGACACGAAAAGCACAGAUAUGUGCAAAACCUCUUCUAUUGCUUCACCAGAUACAGAACUGCUGUCUUCUCCCCCCAGGAACGGUUCUCUGCAGAACAGACUCUGUUAGUACUAGCCCGUAUCGUAAGUCAGUACCAUGUAGGCCUGUCACCAGAACUUUCUUUUUUUGGCCUGUAUAUUGUCCUGAAAAUGAUUGUGAUAAAUGAUAACACUGACAAUUAAUGUCAACUCUAUCCCACUUAUAACACAACAAUAAAGUAGCUUUACAAUUAGGCCUAUUUGGUUAAUUUUUAUACAUAUAUAUAUAUAUAUCAAAUUAUAGUACAAUAAAUGAACAUCACAAUCAUUUUUGUCACCCUUAAAAUUCACAGGCUCUGCUCUGUUCUCUUAUUUGCUCUCUGUAAUUGCACAGUGCAGUUUCACUGCUGCUGUAGUCUUUCACACCAAUUAAUCAAGUCAUACACAGACUGUAACUUCUGUUCCAGUGCAAGACAAAACUGCUUGUGGCCACUUAAACAAAUUAUUAUUAUUUUAUUACAAUCAAACCAUUUAUCGCAAUAAUUUUUACGACAAUAUAUUAGUUAUUUUUUAAAAAUGAUCGUGUCAGGCCUAAUAUUAAUGCUAGUCUGAUGUACUUUUAGUUAACAUAUUAAAAUAUUUAGACAUUGGAAAUGGAGAAUCUUUUUUUUGUUCAAUAUCCUAAAUAAAUUAUAUGAAACCACACAUUUUAUGUUACACAAAGUCAACAUACCGGCUCAUUAACAUUAACAUUAACAUUAAUGAUUUCACACAAUAAAAUUAUCGUUUCCCACGAUAACACAAUAUUUAAUUUCUGCGGUACGCGAUAUAUCACAAGACAAUUGUCUAUGAUACUUCAAAGCAUCUUUGUUAAUGAAGAGGAUAAUAUAUAUAUAUAUAUGAAGAAUGAAGCAGUAACUUUGUUAAGUCUAAUUGGGGAUGAGUUUUAAGGAGUUUAAAGCAUCAAUAUUUCAAUUAAAAUAUUUCUGCUUAUCCAAGUAGUCCUAUAAACAACACAGAUCUUCAUCUUCAAGCUGAUAUAUCAUCAUAUUGCAGCUCGACAUGUUAAAAAAGCUGCGGCGUGGGUUUUAUGUGAUGUGUUGAUUGGCUGGUUGCAGAUAAAAAAAAAUGUGAUGAUUGGCUUACUCAUGUAAACUCUUGAGUUUUUCCAUUAUCUGAUUACCCAAGUUCAUGUCAGUGCUUCGACUGGUUGCUGAUUAACUCUACUGAUGUUCUGUAGUAAUCGGAUUAUGAAGUUCACGCAAACACACUUUUUUCUUUUUUUUUUUUUUUUUACUGAUUGAAGUCACAUUUUGUUGUAGACCACACUGAAGAUCUGGAUGCAUCUGUGUGAUGUAUCUACUACAAGUGUACUUUAAAUUCAGAUUUAUCCAAGUUUUUAUAUUAAAAAUGUUUAUGUGCAGUUUUAUAAUAUUUUUGGUAUUUUUUUUUUUUUUUUUAAGAAAUGUUUGCAUGCACUACAUGCAUUAGUAGAAUAUCCCUGUUGUAAGAGUUUUGAAGGAGGGGGGGUUGGUAAAAAAAAUGAAGAUUGAAGACAAUAACACGCUGCGUAUUUAUUGAUCAGUCAGCUUUUUAUUAAAAUGAGAAACUUCAGUAAAAUUAAGUGAUAUAGAUUAGUCAGAUGAUGUAAUAAUGUUUGGUAGACCAAACAUGCUGCUUCUUUUUUUUCCCCUCAUUUUGUCUGUAUUAUUGCUUUUAUUUGCUGGAUUGCUGAGCAGUCCAACUCACAACAGCCCUAAAAUGCACGGACUGACUAACGGUGGUUGGUGUGAAUGAUCGUGCACAUAGUAGACAAAUAUUCUGAAUAAGCAAUAAACGACUGUCUGCUUUAAAGAGGCA